AUAUUUUCUAUUCUCUCUCUCUCUCUCUCUCUCUCUCUCUCUCAUCAUCCCUUCCAACUCUUAUCAUUUUCUCCCUCAUUUUCAAAGCCCCAUAUAUCCUUGAAUAUCUAUAAAAAGCCCCCACCCUUCUUUAUCCUCUUCGUAAUAAGCCAAAACCCUCUUUCUCUCUCUCAAUCUGUUUACAUCUUCAACUAAACCACACUUCUUAGAUCAAAAGCUACCUCUGUUGUUUUGUGUUGGAAUCAAUCAAUUAACACAUAUUCAAAGUGGGUGUAGCUCAUGGAAGUGAAAGGAAGGGUUAUAAGCAACUCCAACACCAUCAUCCAAAGCGAGGAUGAGAUGGACCUUCGAAGAGGCCCUUGGACCGUUGAUGAGGACCUUGCCCUUAUCAAUUACAUUGCCAAUCAUGGAGAAGGUCGAUGGAACUCCCUUGCCCGUUCUGCUGGACUCAAACGAACUGGGAAGAGUUGCAGAUUGAGAUGGUUAAAUUAUUUGCGUCCCGAUGUUCGACGUGGCAACAUAACACUUGAAGAACAACUUUUAAUUCUCGAGCUUCAUGGUCGCUGGGGAAACCGAUGGUCCAAAAUUGCUCAAUAUUUACCGGGAAGAACCGACAAUGAGAUCAAGAACUAUUGGAGAACCCGUGUCCAAAAGCAUGCCAAACAACUCAAAUGUGACGUGAAUAGCAAGCAAUUCAAGGAUGCCAUGCGCUACCUUUGGAUGCCAAGGCUUGUGGAGCGCAUUCAAGCCGCCGCAGCUGCCGCCGCAGCUGCCACCGCUGCUACUACUGCUGGUUCGCCGGCCUUAUCUGCUAGUGCCGCCGCCACCGUCACCACUACCAACAAUACCACAUAUAGGUACAACUACGACAACAACCUUAACAACAAUUUUGAGGUUCACAGUGGGAACAUGAUGCCAAGUCCAGCAAUUAUGAACAACUUUGGAGGUUCACAAAUUACACAAAGUUACACUCCAGAGAAUAGUAGCACGGGGACAGUUGCAUCAUCAGACUCGUUUGGGACUCACGUUUCACCUGUCUCGGAUUUGACUCAAGAUUAUUACAAUGUCCCAGUUGGUAACAAUAACAAUAACCCUAAUCCUGAUUAUUACCAACAAGCUCAUGAUCAACUCAGCUUUUUGGAUUGCAUCACAAGCCCAUCAGGGUUGUUCCUUCAGGAGCUGGAUUUCCAAUCCAUGGAACCAAACACCCCGUGGAUUCAGGGCGAGGACACAUCCAACAAUUUCUGGAAUGUCGAGAACAUGUUGCUCUUUCAGCAACUCAGUGACAGCAUGUGAAACAUUCGCAGGAGAAUCAAUGGUGGCCGGGGAAUUUUAGAGGAGAGAGAAACAAAAUGGAAAGGAAGGGUGAAAUUGUGAAAAAAUUACAGAUGAAAAAAAUUAUGAACUAGUAAAAUGAUCAAAUAGAAUAAAUUCACAUAUAGGACACACGUAGGAUCCACGAUGGACAGAGAUUUUAAACUAAUUAAGGAAUAUAAGGGAAAAUAGAAGGAAAAUGUGAAUUACUUUUCAGUUUAAUUUGUAGGUUUCUAUUUUUGUUCUAUAAUUUUCCUUAUUUUAGAGAGGGUGUGGGGAAAUAUUUGUAAUUUGAGUUUUCUUUUAUAUAAUAUUUGAUUCUUUGAAAGUAUUACAUGUUGAUUCCCAUCUUAAUUCC